AUGAACACAAAAGAUUUUGUAGUCCUUCCAUGGGGAAAACCUGGGAAUUCUGUGAAGCUGAAAUACAAAGAUGUUCGAGAACUGAAGGUGGAGAAAGUGCAGUUGGAGUUGGAGAAUCAAGCGUUGGAAAAGAAACUACGAGAAUUGGACUCAGCAAGGAACAAAGAAGGGGACAAAAGAGAGUCAAAUGGAUGCCAUUGGAAAUCAGGACAAGUGGGCAAAUUGAGUAAUCGAUCACACAUGAUGCCACAAAAUAAAGGAAAUGUUAUUAAGCUUACUACUGGAAAGGUGAAAUUAAAAUUACUGAAAGAAGACAUUCAAGAGCCUGUAAAACAACCCCUUUAUGAUAAAAUGACAAAUUCUGAAAAUGCGACACUCAAGAGAAGAGGAAAGGUCUGUGGACAGUGUGAGAACAAAGCUGCCCUGCUGGUCUGCCUUGACUGCGGAGAAGAUUAUUGUUCAGGUUGUUUUGCUAAAAUUCACCAGAAGGGGGCAUUGAAACUCCACAGAACAGCUCUUUUACAGGCCAAAUCUCAAGUUUUAUCGAGUGUAUUGGACAUUGCCCAUCGAUUUAUAAAGGAUGUUAAUCCAGAGGAACCCAAAAGGAAGAAUAAUUCUACAAAAGAGAUUAGGAACAAUCACCAUAAAUUGACAUUUCCACAGGAUAGCAGCUCUGAGGUGAAAUUUACAACCUCAACACCGGCUGAAUUUACAAAUCAGGAAGGUGGCUUCUUGUGUGAAGGGUCAUUCGAUGAAGCAGCUUCUGCCAGGUCCUUUCAGGAAGCUUUAAAUCAGUGGAGAGCUGGGAAUCAGGAAGCACGUGAGAGGCAAAACUUCUGUGCAGCAAAACCAGAGUCAAUGGAAGCUUGUGAAGUACAAACUAAUCUGAAAAUCGUCAGAGAACCACUUGAGAUUGAAUUUAAAGAAGACAGCCUGUCCUAUGUGGAAAAAUUAUGGCUUAAAAAACUCAGAAGAGCUCAACAUGACCAACUUUCGAACAUGCAAUCAGAAGAUAACUUAAUACAUUCAAAUAAAACCACUAGUGGGGAACAGUUUUCUUCAAAUGGAAGUGAUAAAGAAAGUCAUGUUGAAGAAGCCAAAGUACCUAGUCCAGCCUUUUAUCUACUUGUAGAAGAAUUGAAGUUAGUGAGACUUGACCCAUCUUUAAAGAUAGUAGAACUGGAUGAUACUUAUCAAGGGGGAUCUGAAGAACCAGGAGAGGUGCCUUACAAGGUUGAAUUACCUAAUACAGAUCAUAAACGAAGUGUGACACCAUAUGAUUAUCAAAAUAAUAAUUUCCCAAAUGAAAAUAGCAUCUUUCAACAUUGGGCUUUCAAUAAAGAAAAAACAGACUUCUUCAAUUUUUGGCUGACCAACCACUCUUCAUAUCAUAAAGAUAACUCAGAAGCUGUAGGAACUUCAAAUACAGAUUUCCACAGUAUUACUGAUGCUGAUGUUGAUUCUCCUGCUAUUGAAAAGAUAAAGGUAAACAGUUUUGGUGAAAGAAAUGUAUCAGAUGGAGAUGUAGAUGGAGACAAUAGCCAGACGUCUGCUGAUUCCUGCAUACCACUUGAGAGCAAGAAUACUUUCUCAAGUAUAGGAUUAGAAGAACUUUCCACCAAGGCGAAAAUAACUCAAGACAUCAAAGAAUCCUUGGAUUUUAGUAAUCUGCAUGAGAAGCCAAAUUCACAAGAUUCUAAAAUGAGCAAGUCACCACUGUUGUUAGAAGAAGUAGCCCUCAGAAAGAAGCCUCGGACUGAAUUUAAGAAGCUCUUUGUUUUUGAUGCAAAUGAAAGUCUCACCUCACUUCCUUCAAGCCACGUAAAAUUGGAUUCUUCCAGUAUUGGGAUUACACUUUCAGCUGACAGAGAGUGGAUCCCAGAGCACAGCGUAAGUUCAUACGCUGAUGAUGCAUCUGUGUUGGAUGUUCUUCAGAGCACCUACGACCCAUCAUCAGUUAGAAGACAGCCAACGAUAGGCCAAGCAUCCCAGAGACCCUCCACAGUAAACCUGCCGCUUUCCCGCUUGAGAACGACCAGCUCCAGCGUCCUCUCUUCUUCUUCCUGUCUGCUGCCGAGAAGUGCAGCUGCUCCAUCCGUGUCCAGAGCUGCUUUGGAAAUUGCAGAAAUUGAACAUAUUGAUGUUCCUGACCCUAACGGGCCCUUCCUAGACAACAUGGCUGAUCAACAGACCCUGGAGAAUUUGCAGAAAGAGUUAAGUCAACUGAGAAGGCGUGCAGACCCAUCAGAAGACCCUUACAGUCUAUCCUCAGAAGAGUUAGCAGCCUUCAGCAGCCUCGCACCAGAUAUAAGUGAGACCACUGGCGAUUUCCUUCAGGCGUUAAGCUGGAGGGGACCCUGUGGAGUUGAAGAACAGAGUUCUUCUAGAAAAGAUACUGAAAUUCCAUCCGUGCCGGAGUUUUCUGGGAGCAGUACAGAAGAGGAUGAAGAGGUUUUUCUUGACAAGCAACUUGUUAUGACGCUGCCAUGGUCAGACAGUAGUUAA